GAAGACAACUCAGCGGUCCCCUUCGUUUCUGCUGCUGCUACUGUACUUGCAAAAUAGUGCGCCCUACUGUCUCUAUUGCGCAUGACUGUACGUCGUAGUAUGAAGUAGGCCUCCUGUUUUUCUCCCCAACCCGAGUCCUCCCGGCCCCCACCGCCUCGAUGUCGAUGCAACGCUCAAGUAAGCAAAACACGGAGGCUGCUGUCGAUUUUUCGGAAAGGUAAGGACUUAUUAAUGCAUAUGCGCAGGUAGCAGCAGUUGUCGGUUGUUGAAUAGCAUGACCGUUAAGGUCGGUAAACGAGUUUUUUUUGAGCGUGCGGAAGCAGUCGGACUGCAGAGGAGGCUUCGGGACUGUUUCCGCACGCUUGAGGGAGAGCAAGGCCCAGUGACCCACAUUCAGAGCAGCCAGUGUGUGUGUGUAUGUGUGUGUGUACGAGUGGGCGAGCGUGUGCGCGUUUCCCUGCCGCUGUGUGUAUGUGUGUGCCUGAGCACGGUGUGUAUGUGUGUGUACAUACAUCUGCCGCGAAAAUGUUUCCACCAUCGCCGCUUUUGGAUAUUUCUCCACCGCCGACAUUUAUGUUUUUGUCAGCAUUCGCGAGGAUUUCGCCCCGCGCGGAUGUUUAGACUCGGUCGUCUCGCGGUGUUUGAGGACCAACGGUAAUAUUUGAGAGAUUAUUUUGUCUUCAAUGUCAGUUGUUGCGUGACAGCUCGAGGCUCGGCGCCAGCUCGCCUCGAUAAAGACACUUAUAUCCCCCCGUUUUUUCAUUCUGCGAGGGUGAAACGCAUUAGCCCGUCAAAAGUGUGUCAUUCCGCGUUUGUGGGUGUAGCGGUAGAGAGAAAUCCCCUGAGUUAGACGGGCGGUAUUCGUUAGCAAGCUUAGUUAGCAUGCUAGCUAGCUAACGUUAAAUGGGUUGCUCUCUUAGGGUUGUAUAACGAACACCUGUGGCAGUAAAAGACACAUUAAACAUGUUUUUGAGCUUAUUUGGUGGUUAAUGGUUGCUUUGGUCGGUUGUAUUACCGGGUGAUUCAUUGGAUCUUAUGGCUAAUAUCGGCGUCGAUUGAUUGGGAGUGUUGUACAGAGAGCAGAAUAACCCAAUGAUGAAGCUCAGUCAAACGAGGCUUCACCCACUGACCAACUGGAGAACAUGACUGUAGGUCAGACCACCGGGGGAUCCGAGGAUGGAUUAGAUUAUUACCCAAAUCUCAGUAUUAUCUCACACUAAAAGAUGGUUGACAGUGUCCCUAGGUUUUGUUUUUACCGUGUCCAUUCUGACCUUAAUUUCUGCCAUAUCUAAGAGCAUAAAAUCAUUUAGAUUGUAUUGAUAUUGUCACAUUUGGCUUCAGUGGUUGUGUUUUCUGUUGUAUCUGCCUGAAAAUGAGGAAAUGUUUACCUGUAGAUUGCAACCCACACUGAAAGAUUCAUGUGUUUACCAAUAAUAUCUCAAUCAGGACACACACCGUUUCCUAGAUUACACAGUUUGGGGUUUUAGGAUAUUUUCUUUGUUAUUUGUAGUUUUGAAGGCUGUAUCCUAGGCAUUGCGGUUGUGUGAUUGCCAAUUUUAGGGGCACUGGCAAUAUGAUUAAGUCAGAAUCAUUUUUGCAUUAAAUGAUUGAAAUUUAGCGGAAAUGAUUUGUCAUUGGAUCAAUUAAUGUACUGAAAUGCAGUCAGCAACUAUUUUGAUAGUCCAUUGCUGCACCCUGAGCAAAGAAGAAAAACAACAUAAACUGUUCCAGGUUUCUCAGCUGUGGUUGUUAUGCUUUUUUUUUGCUUGUUUUAUCUCUGUAAAUUGAAUUUGUCAAGAAGGAUUUAAAGUUUUCUUCUGAUGCCUUUGCAUUAAUGAAGCUUCAUUUUUUCUGUAAUUAAGUUACACUAAAAAAAAGUCCUACUCCCAGGUAAAUAUUUGUAUUUUUUGACUUAAGGCCAGGUGAACAAACAAUCUGAAUAUUGCACCCUACGCUCAAAAAAGUUAUCUUGAUUUCAGAAGAGUUCAUUAAUUUGACAUUUACAGGGAGUUUUGUGUGUUGGCUGAAGCAUUACUUUCUUUUCUUGGCUUAAUUUAAUAUACACAUUGACCUGCCUUGUUGGUGGUUUCAAUUUGCGUUUGUGGUGAAUGGUGAGCAUUGACCCAGUGGUUUGCUUGUGAAUGAGUCUGUGCUAUUUGUGUUGCAGGUGAGGUGUGGCCCACACGUGAGGAUUUGUCAGUGCCUGAAAGGAUAGGAUCCAAUACGGCUAGUCUGCCUGUAACGAGACAUUCCUAGAAGUGAGUAAGACAUUUUUUUCCUGUUUAUUUUUUUUUUCUUUUCUUCUUUUGGAUAACUGGCUUAUACCGGUCCAAAAAUAUUCUAGUAAUAGUAAUUAAAGAAUUAUUGUGGAUUGAUCCCACAUUUUUCUUGCUGGACUUGUUAUUCUCAGUUUAAGCUGAUGUUCUACACUGCUUUGUAAUUUGCUUUCUGGCUGGAUCUUGAAUCAACACAUAACACCAGAUGUUUUUCAUUGUUGUUUGGGACUUCUCAGCUUAAGAAAAAUCAUCAUCUGUGGCAACUGAACUCUGAAAUGAGUAAUUUUCCCUCACAUGCCUGUGUUAGUUAAGGUGAAAAACUGCUAAGCGCUGCCUCUGAAUUGACCUAAUGACCCCACAUGACCCCAUGUUUCUGCUCUGAAUUAUUUCUCAGGUUUUUUUGACCACCAUGUCUCUCCCAUGGUCUGGUUCCUUCUCAUGACCCUGAUGACCACAACAUCAGUCGUGACCAUAGAGUCAGCUUUGACCCAGAACCCUGUCUCUGACCCCUGAAAAGACUGACCGAGUGCAUUGGCUGCAUUGGGGUAAAUUGAGGAUAUAAACACCUACACUCAUAAAUACACAAGAGCUGUGUUUAAAUCAUAAAUUAGUGUCAGUUCGAUUCUCGCAAAUACUCAUUUGUUUUAGAAAAAAAUUAUUUAGACAUUCUCUGUUCUCAAAUACUUAUCAGGUGACACCAUUUUGUCUUUCUCUGUGAUGUGUCCUAUGAAUUAAAUGAUAGAUAUUUGUUUGAUAUGUCAGUGCUUAAUCAUUCAUUUAAAACUGUGUAGGUGUAGUUUUGCCAAGUGUCGAACAAUGGCACACUGGUUGGAAAUGAUUCAAAAUACUGAAUUCCCAGCUUGCAUUGCAUUAACAAAGCAUGAAACAUGAUUUUAGUUGUAUGUGGUAAUAAUUCAGUUUAUCAUAUUCAAAAAAUAAGAAUGAACAAAUUUGUCCUGUUUCCAUUUUAACUCAACUAAACGGAAACAGGCCACAUAAUGCGGUUUGUGCAUAUAUACCUGAUCAAAUGAAAGCAUAAAUUCAGGGAUGGGAAUCAUAAAGAACUGUGUUAGUUUGAAUGAAAUAAUCAGGAUUCCCUCGAGAAUAUAUUAUGAAUCUAAAUGACUGAAAUUUAAUUACUAGAGCAUGGACUUUGUACUUAGGCCUUAGCUGCAGCUGUAUGCCAAAGCACUCAGCAUAGUUUUAAGUACAGUUUUUGUUUUCCUGACUCUUCAGGUGGUCCUCCAAAUGCCUACCUCACGCCUAAAGAGCAAAUUACUGCAGCCACAGCCCUGAUCAGCAGCCACCAUGACUUCAAGCAUGGGGUAAGCUUUACACACAUGCACACAAGUACACAUGCACUCACACAGACACAUGGACACAUAUACACACACAGUAUGCUAACUAAUCAGAAAUUGCAUCAUUCAAAACAGCACUAUGAAACUAAUACUUUUGUAUAAUGUAAUAACUUGAGUUACAUUUAUUGUAUUUUUGUGCAACCCCACAAAAAUCGUGAUAUUGGAUUGGUUAAGAUAGUAAAAACAUCUCUAACAAUAAUGGUUUAAAUUGACUGAAAAUAUUAUCAGUACUUGUAGUAUUAUCAUUCUAAUAAUAUUAAUACUAUUACAGCUAAUUCUAAUAAUUAUGAUGAUCAAAGACAUCAUACAACAUUACUUUUCUAUUUUAAACAGGAUCCAAUCAUUAGGUAUUAUUGAUGCAAUUGUUUCAAAUCUCAGAUAGAAAGCCAGAAAAAACAAAAUUUAGGAAACAAAAAUAGACUUCCUGCCCCUGUUUAUGAAAAAUAUUUAGUUUUAGCAUACCAUAAAUAACAUUUCCAGAUGUCAUCCACUCAGACAAAUGAACGCAUUUGUAUUGACCUAUAUGACUAGAAACGUAGGCAAGAUCACGCCCUGUUACACAAAUGCACUGCUAACCUUCUUGGCAAGCACAACACAUUCCUCCUCUCUCUCCCGCUCUCUCUCUCUCUCUCUCCCUCUCACUCUCUCUCUCCCCGCCCUCUCUUUCUCUUUCUGUCUCCCCCCUCUCUCUCUCUCUCUCUCUCUCUGUCUCACUCUAUUUUUUGUGUGACCCAAAAAUAAACCUGCCCUUGGCAUGUAGGAAUCCUCUCAUUAGCCACCAUCCGUCAUUAGCUAUUAUUAACAAAACAUAUCUGCUUUCAAGCGGCCAACAAUUGUGCACACAGAGAAAAAUACAACACCAGCCGGAAAAGUACUUCAGUGUUUUUUUCUUUCCCCCCUGUAGGGAUGAUUGUAGCAUCUUUGAUGGGUUGAUGGAAGAGGAUGAAAAGGACAAAGCAAAACGGUAAGCAACAUGUACAGAGGAAUAAACCAGAAGGGUGAUACUGUUAGGUAUUUAUUUAAUACUGAUCAAUCACAUUAAAUCUUAAUAAUCACACCUUAGGAAGACAUAUGCUGAUUAAACUUAAACCACAGCAUCUUCAUUUGACCAUUCACACAAAUGUGACUGCUCUUAUUUGAAGCUUUCCUUUUUUUUUCUUUUACUGCUUAAUUUGUGUUUCUGACAGGACAUCACUUUUUAAAAACUAAUUUUCCAACAUUUACCACACACCAUUUUAAUAUAAUACUCGGGUGUUGUUUUCAUUGCAGCGUGUCCCGUAACAAGUCCGAGAAGAAACGGAGAGACCAGUUCAAUGUCCUCAUCAAGGAACUCGGCACAAUGUUGCCUGGCAACACCAGGAAGAUGGACAAGUCCACCAUCCUUCAGAAAAGCAUUGACUUCCUCUGUAAACACAAAGGUAAGGGCCUGUCUGCUGCCCUCAUCUGACUUCACAGAGAAAUGCUGAACACCUAAAAGGAUGGACUCAAAUUGCGUUUUUAUCACUCUUGUUUUCGAUGUGUGUUUUCAAAUUUGUAUAAGUUCUGUUACAGAGUGCAAGAUACUCUGAGAAUUUAAAACAUAACCUGGUUUAAACAAGGAUGUUGUUGUUUUUGUGAUAUAAUUUGAAAUUUAGUGAUGACUUUUUCACUCGCUUGUUGUUCUCGAAAAUAAUUGAUGACUGUGCAUCACUAUUCUGUUUAAUUCUAGUUCUUAUCAUGACCAUUCAUGAUAGUGCACUAUCAGCUGCCUCUUCACUGGCUGCCUGUGUUAUCUCCUGUUCUGUUUAACUGCCUUGUUCUCACAAUGAGCUUUGCACUAUCAAUACAUUUUUCUACCUUGUCCUCUUUAGAUACAUUUUCCCUGAGCCGUCUUGUCACUUCUAAAAAUUAAAACUUGCUUUCUUUUUCCUCUGUCAGAGAUCGCAGCCCAGUCGGAGUCGAGUGAAAUCAGACAAGACUGGAAGCCUCCGUUUCUCAGCAAUGAAGAGUUCACCCAACUCAUGCUGGAGGUCAGAAAUGUCACAUUUUAUACUGUAAUCUUUUUUAGAUAUUUCCACAGUUAUUUUACACUUCUAAAGCUGUCUCAUGACUGCAGUGAAACUGAUUUUACAAAAUCAACCUUGAAAUUUUCAAUGACAGCAGAUGUUUUUUUUUCGGUGAAAAAGCUUCUGAAUCAUUUCAACUUAUUGUUGGAUUUUUAGCUUUUUAUCAAAUGACUGAUAGCAGAGGCUUAUUUCCAUGUCUCUUGAGCUACAGUUAAGGUCCCUGUUUCUUUCCUUUGUCUUCCCAUCAGGCUCUGGACGGGUUCUUUAUAGCAAUAAUGACUGAUGGGAACAUCCUCUACGUCUCUGAGAGUGUCACCUCACUGUUAGAACAUCUACCAGUGAGUAUUAUUUAAUCUUCUUUUUGUUCUGUGCUGCCUCUUCACCAGCUAUCCCAAAUCUGUUCAGUUUGUAAUACAGAUCAUUUGAGUAUUUCUUUGAAAGUUAUAGAGGGUUCUAGCAAAACUACCAUCCACCUCUAUGUCAUUAAUUUGUCUUCACUCAUGUUGAGGUAUCUUGUUUUUUUAAAUGUGACAUGGAGUUAGAAGGUUAGUUGGCUGUUUAUUGGUCAACACAUGAAAAAAGACAAUGCAGAAUUUAUUUAUUUUAAUCCCAAAGAUCAUGACUGACUUUAAACCUCGGACACAUAUUUUAUCAUUGAAUUCUAUAUCAUUGCAGACUUUACCCAAAGUGACUGCUGGAGCAUGCUUCAGCUGCCCUUAUGUUGUGUGAAUAAACAUGUCAGAAUGAUCUAUGUGUGCAUAAAAGAAGGUUCAGACAACUUAACUGAUUUAUGUUUGUGUGUGUUACCCAGAUGGACUUGGUGGACCAGAACCUUUUGAACUUCCUGCCUGUUGGGGAACACUCUGAUGUGUACAAGGCUCUAUCCACACACCCUUCUGACCCAGAGAGCCUAAGCUCCGAUUACCUGAAGAGUCAGUAACACUCUGAGUUGUACUCAUACUUGCUGCAUGACCUUGCACUCUACUGUCUGUGGUUGUUUAUGAGGAUGUUAUUGAGUUUAACAUUUACUUGUGAACCUUUAGAUGCAUAGCUUGCAACUGUUUACCAGUGAAUAACCCAUCGAAAGUACUUGAGUAUACAGACAUUUCUGUGACAGCUUUGACUAUGUCAAUAUAUGUAAGUGUUUGAAUGUUGGAAAAAUGUCUUAAUUGUGUUAAACUUUGACAGCUUUGUAGCAUUAUGCCUUGUUUUAAAACCUUUGUCAGCUCAAUCACGCGGAUAACAUAGAACCAUGUAUGACUUUUGGGAUAUCUACUUAAAAGAGUCAAAAUAUGCAGUUUUGUCUUUCAUUGCGACAUUAUUAUACUUUUUGAUGCGUGAUUUUUUUGUUUGCAUAUGUUGCUACUUUUGUCCCUUUUUUAUGGCCUAACUGGUAAUAUGAGCUAACAUCUUUCUGUUCAUUUGUUUUGUCUCCAGCUAAAAACCACAUGGAGUUUUGCUGCCAUAUGCUGCGAGGGGCCAUUGACCCCAAAGAACCACCCGUCUAUGAAUAUGUAAAAUUCAUUGGCAACUUCAAGUCUCUUGACAAUGGUAAGUCAAUCAAUCAAUGUUUUUGUUAUUAACAUAUAAGCUUGAGAAUUGAAUGUUGUACAAAAGUGUACCAAAACAUUCCUUGACUGGCAGGAUAAAAAACUAUUUGAUGGUAAACUCUGCUCUGGUCUUUGUUGUGUAGUUCCCAACAUGACAAGGAAUGGUCUAGCAGGGGUGUUACAGCGGUCACUUCAGCCUGCGUUCGAUGACCAGGUGUGCUUCGUAGCCACUGUGAGGCUGGCCAAACCUCAGUUUAUUAAGGUAUCCUUAGCAACACACUCACAUAUGCAAAUAAAAAUCACGCUGAAUAACAAGUAAGUUUCUUUAAACCAGCUUUGUUUGUCUGUGUUUUUCUUUCUAUGACUUUCUCAGGAGUUGUGUACAGUGGAGGAGCCCAAUGAAGAAUUCACAUCGAGGCACAGUUUGGAAUGGAAGUUCCUCUUUUUAGACCACAGGUACACACUCAAGAUAAACUGUUUUUUGCUAGUUACCCUCACAUAGAGGUGUUUACCUGCAGCCUGUCUAACCAGCCAAGAAAAAACAACCUUGGAUUAAAAUGCUCUACAUUUCUUUGAUACAUGGAGUUUAGAGUCGGUGUGAUUGAUAACAAUUUUCCUCUUCCAGAGCGCCACCAAUCAUAGGCUACUUACCUUUUGAGGUUCUGGGAACAUCAGGGUACGACUAUUACCACGUGGACGACCUGGAGACACUAGCCAAGUGUCAUGAACACUGUAAGAGUCAUUUACACUUUUCAGGGAGAUCUUUUUAUUUAAUCUUUUCCUUCUUAAUGUUUACAUCCCUGUUAUGUUUGUCUUUAGUGAUGCAGUACGGUAAAGGGAAGUCUUGCUACUACCGUUUCCUGACUAAAGGUCAACAGUGGAUCUGGCUUCAGACACACUACUACAUCACCUAUCACCAGUGGAACUCUCGACCUGAGUUCAUUGUCUGCACACACACAGUAGUAAGGUACUGAAGCACCCUUUUUCCCCUUCUCUCCUCACACCUUUUUAAAGGUGCCACAGCGAUUCUAAAAUAUCUUUACUUCCUAAAUUCACACCACCUUGUAACUUUUUUCAUGGUUUGUCCCUCUCUUUUUGCUCAAAAUGCAGCUAUGCAGAAGUGAGAGCAGAGCAGCGCAGAGAACUGGGUAUUGAGGAGACAAACCCAGAAGUUACUGUCGAUAAGGUAAUAGUAAUAUGUCUGUUUUUAUAAACUUAUGUUCUCACAAGAUGUUGGAAACUAUGAUAUGUGAAUUGUGGAAAGAAAAUGUCGACUAGGUAUUGUGCUUGAUAUUUUGAAUAUGUUGUUUAAGUCUGGGUUUUCAUCAAAACAAACUAAAGCUAGUCCGACCUGACGAGCAUUGUCGUAAAAUUAAAAGGACUAAAAAGGAGAAAAACUUGAACCAGAGAUGCUUUUGUCAAUUAAACAAUAAAACUUCACCACCCUUAUUUGUCAGCAUCAGAAUUAGUAGGUGGUUUAAUGAGUUAUUUCACAGCCUUACUAAUGACUGCCAUAAUGUCAUAGUGCUCUACACCACUGAUGUAAACACAGUUGACCAAAAACAUCUCGUAUUGCAACAGGGUUUGGCAGUAUUUUGAUCUGGAUAAUUAAAAUAAAGUUGUACGUUCCCUGUGACUGAUUAACUAGAUAAAUGCAUUUCAUUAUUAUUUUUUUCUUACUUUUAGAUUAGUCAUGUAUUCAAAACUUUAAUUUUGGUUUAAAAAACUGGGAAAUUAGUCACUGUAGAGCAUCCCAAAUGUUAAUGACUGCAGCCCACAGGUAGUAGACCAUGUUUGUUUCUACCUUUUACCAUCACUCAUCACGCUGCCUACAUUUCCUUUUAACAUGACAGUAUCCUAAUGUUGUUUCUCUAUCAGUGAUUACAACAUUUUGAUAGUAACUUACUAAAUUUGGUUGUCCCUAUAGGUCACCUGCCAUUUGUUGAUUUUAUCUUUGUCUUAUUUCAGAGCCAGGACUCGGGGUCAGAGUCACAGUUGAAUACGUCCAGCCUCAAAGAAGCGCUGGAAAGAUUUGACCGCAGCCGCACACCCUCAACCUCAUCGAGGAGUUCCCGCAAGUCCUCAUCCCAUGUCUCUGACAACACAUGCACUUGUAAGGACACAUACUAACAGCAUACACGUCACAACAAAAACAAAGGAGUCUAAUGAAAUAAAGAGGCCCUGAGUUUCUGUGUCAACUCUUACUUAAAAAAUGAUUCUGUCGUUUCAGCAACAGCUUCCAAGCUACACAUGGAUACGGCCACACCUCCCCGGCAGUCACUGGCCUCCACCAUGGAGAUGUCGCAGCGUCGCUCAUCCAUCAGCAGCCAGGUGAGAUGGGAUUUUCCAGAACACUAUCACGGAGCAAGCAAAGGGCUGUCAGGAUUUAAAGAUACUGAAGUAACAGAAACGAAGCUUACACUUUACUCACUUAUCAGUUUCUUCAAAAUCUUAAAGGUGAUAUAAUUGAAGAGUUGGUUCUCAUUUUUGCCAUACUUAUUUGAUUAUCUGCAUGUUUGCAGUCUAUGAGUUCUCAGACUACAAGCCAGAGUGUAACUCCCAGUAUGAUCACCCAACAACAACAACAACAACAACAACAACAACAACAGCAGCAGCAACAACAGCAGCAGCAGCAGCAACAACAGCAACAACAACAGCAACAACAACAACAACAACAACAGCAACAACAACAACAACAACAACAACAGCAGCAGCAGCAACAACAGCAGCAGCAACAACAACAACAACAACAACAACAACAACAACAACAGCAGCAGCAACAACAGCAGCAGCAGCUACAGACAAAUGUACAGGUGAGGUUGAUUUACUGUUUUAACCCAUCUAGCACUAGGCGACUCAAAGUUCAGUAAUUGUUUGUUUCCUUAGUAUUUAUGUUGAAAGUUAACUGCACAUUUUAACAACUCACCAUUUAAGAAUACAGUGGUUAAUAUCAAAGCCCAAAGCCUUUUAGUGGAGUUUGUGAUAAUCAUGUGCUCGUGUUUUGUAGUGAUAUUUUUAACAUCAGUUUACCGAGUGCACACAGUCAGUUCUGUUAAAGUCAGUAACCCUCUUUGUCUGUCUGUCUCUCCCUCUCUGUCGCUCUCCAUCUACAGCCGGUGAUGGAGUUCUCCGCUCAGGUGAAUGCCAUGCAGCAUCUGAAGGAGCAGCUGGAGCAGAGGACGAGACUGAUUCAGGCCAACAUCCAGCGACAGCAGGAGGAGCUGAGACACAUCCAGGAGCAGCUGCAGAGAGUGCAGGGACAGGGCAUACAGGUGAGAAGAUGAUGACUGACACACACGGGGGGCUGGCAUGGAUUGACCUUUGUCACUUUAGUAACUCCAGUGUCCCUGUCUCUUAUCUUAUGCAUUCCUUUUUUUUUCUUUAUCCUUUGCAAAGCAGUUUUAUGGAGCAGGCUAUUUUACACAGAGGAUAAUUACAUACAUACCUCAUUUAUUUAUUUGUUUGGAAGCUAUGAAGAGUUUUGCAGUAGCAAUCAGGACUUUAAAUCUGAACUUUUCAGGAAAAUGCUUAUUUGAAUUAAAUAGUAUACAAACUCAUUUGUUUUUAAAUAUCAGCAGCUGUAAAGCGUUUUGUCUUUACCUUUUGUGUUCCACCUUUUUGAUUUGUGCAUUAUGCAUUACUCUCUGUCCCUUUUAGAAGGAUGUGGUGGUAGAUUUUAUUCAGUAAAAACUGAAAAGUUAUGAUAAUAAAUACAUACAAGUGUAUUUAUCAGAUGGAAAGAAAUGUUUAAAAAUACGUGCACGCACUGAUGUAGCAUGACAUGUUUCCAUCCCAACAGAUGUUGCUGCAGCAGCAGGGUGGAGCAAUAAACGUGCAGCUUCCACAGGUGGGGUCAGUCCAACAAACAACGACUUUGACCAAUCAGGUUCAGCAGACAACUAUUAACCCCGUCCAUGCAGGAACUCAGCAGCUCUCCAUUCAGCAGCAGGCUCCGCCCCCUCAGCAGAACCUACAGCAGCAGACCAACACCCUCACACAGGUGAGACACACACACAGGGUAUCAGACCAAAACUAGUGCAAAUAUUUUUGAAGUAAGAGGUCCAAUAAUUAUAUAUCAUCAAUAUUCUUGGUCCUCUAAAAAUACAUUUUUUUAAAUUACAUUAGUUUUGAGUGAACUUUCGACAUACUUUGAAACAAACACAUAACUGCUCUUUAAAGUUGUAAUGUUAACAUCCCCUUCAGAUGACAGGAAGAGCCAAAGGGCAUAUUUUUUGUGUGUGCUCAUGUGACAAGCUUCACAAAGUUCAUGCAUUGACAGCACAGAGGCUAUAAAACAAACAAACCAUCACAUUUACUGCAGACAAACACACCCCUCAUUCUGCUUUACAGUCAAAUAUUGUUAUCUUUCAAUGUUAACUUUGUGAAAUCUAAUCAUAACAGCCAUGGAAGCAAGCCAGCUCAUAUACAUCAGUGUUUCAUGUAUCAUAAGAAAGACAGUAGAACCCAAGAGUGCUUUAGUUGUUUUAAUAGAUGUUAAAGUCGUGAAGUGGAUUCAGUGGAGCCCAACCCAGUGUAAUAAAAAUGCUGGGACUGAAAAGUUAUAUAUAUAUAUAUGUAAGUUUUUUUUUAAAAUUUAUUUAUGACCAUAUAAAUGCUUGUCAUCAAUAGGAAUGUGGGAACCAAAGAAAACAAGGAUAAAACUUGUGUCAGUUCACUGUUAAGGAGUAUUGAACCUCAUAUAUCUCCCUGCCUUCCUUUUAACCCCUUCUCAGCCCCAGCGUCAGCCCCAGCAACCCCAGCAGGCCCAGCCCCAAACGCAGGGCUCCGUAUCUGCUCCUCUGUACAACGCCAUGGUGAUCGGACCAGGACAGCCGAAUGUGGUGCAGAUCAGCACCAGCUUGCCGCAGAACAACACACAGCAAGGCACAGCUGUGGCCACCUUCACACAGGACCGACAGAUCCGGUAUGUGGACAACAACCACACCUGAAAAUGAGAGAAAUCAAGCUCCUUAUCCAAAAUCAAACAGUAGAAUUUGAUUCAUAUUUUCAUUUUCCUCAUCAUUUCAUUUUUCAUUUUCUACCCUCCAGGUUCCCAGCAGGACAACAGCUGGUGACCAAGCUUGUGACAGCUCCAAUGGCAUGUGGAGCAGUCAUGGUACCCACUUCCAUGUUCAUGGGACAGAUGGUCACUGCGUACAACCCCUUUGGUGGGCAACAAGUAAGGACAAAGCCAUAUAAGUCAUUGAGCAGUUAAUGGCAAUGUGUACACGAUUGGAAUAAAAGCACAAAUAUAAUAGAGUCCAAGGGACCAUGUGUGAGACACCCAGCUGGUCAGUGCUGACAAAGUGUUACCAUUGUGUGAGUUUGUGUAAUACAAUGGAAUAAAAAGCACUGAAAUGAGGGGGAAAUUGACUUGUUAGUAAAGAAAACCCUUUAGAAACAAGUUUUUGAAAAAUAUGGUUUUUGUGUUUGACCUGAUUUUUGCCAAAGACAUUCAACUAAUAACAUCCCGUCUCUUUUGAGAUCCAAAAGCUGAGAUUAAGCCUUAAAAUUUUUUAGGUAGUGAUUUGGUUUGAAGUCAGAAGACAGCUGUCUAGUCCAAUUGAACUACAAAUUUGGUUAUAUUCUAUACUUUCCAUGUUUCUGAUGACAAAAGAGCAUUUUCUUCGAUCACACCUUCUCACAAGUCCAUCUGUAUGACAACAUCCUUGUGUUGUUUUCUGUCUAUUUUUGUGGAAAUUCAGCAGGGAGGACAAACCCAAACCCUGACUCUCCAGCCAGCUCAACCUCAACAAGGUCAACCUGAUGGCCAGAACCAGACAGCUGUAGUGGCACAGAGCAGCCAGCAGGGGCAGCAGCAACAGCAAUUUCUACAGGUACCAGUAGAGGGCAGCAAAGUUAUAUAUUUCAAAGGACCACCUAACAAAUGUCAGGGCGUGCAAUUCUUCUUGGGGGGUGAAAAGAGUCUUUAUCAAGAGUUGAUGGAGUAGAUUUUUCAUUACUUUUUAUAUUUUUAUUAUGAUUAUUAUUAUAAGCAGUAGUGGUAGAAGUAGUUGUAUUAGUAUUAUUCCACUGGAAGACUGUGAGAAGCUGGAAAUGUGUUGUCUCUUUGCUUCAUUUUUCAACAUUCUUGUUUUUCUGUUAGGGUCCGCGUAUUCUCCAUAGUAAUCAGUCUACCCAGCUGAUUCUGCAGGCAGCUUUUCCACUCCAGCAACAGGGCACCUUCACCCAAGCAACUCACCAACAGCAACCACAGCAACAACAACAACAACAACAACAGCAGCAGCAGCAACAGCGACAACAGCAGCAACAACAACAGCAACAAACUCACCAUCAGAGGCACCAGCAGCAGCUGAAACCACAACCCCAGAAACAGCAGAAAGCUCCAUCAUCGCACAGGACUGACAGUGUCAGCAGCCAGCCACAGUGAAAUCUGGAGGAGAACAUGAAAACAGAAUAAAUGGGGAGGAAUCGCUGCAUACAAGGGUUUUGGUGGUGUGGCUGUCAACAAAUUUCCUUUUCCUCAAAUUGCUGCCCUCCCUUUCCUCAGUCUAAAAGAAGUGAAUCAUAGGAAAGAGGAAAAAGCAUGUGAGUCUUCAAGGAACUCACUAAGGAUUGUCACCAUGGCAACAGGAUUUUAAAAUCACCAGAGGCAGAACUGUAAGGGAGCUCCAGUCUCUGUGGAAACCUGACAAGAACACCUUAUUGCCAUGGUAACGGCAGACUCUUUUUUUAAGGUGUGUCAAAGUGGACUGACCUUGUACAGAUUACCUGUAUGAUAAAAAAAAAACAUGUAAAUAUCCGAUAUAGCCUAACAGGAAACAGAAAUGUAGUAUUUUAUAUGACUGCAUGGAAAGAAUAACUGUGUAAGCUUUUAUUGGUCGCUUUUGAAAUUUGAAUUUUUACUUUGUUCAAGUGUUUUCUGGUCAAAGAUGGAGCUGUGAAGUGCUCACUCAGAUCCCUCCUCCUUCCCCUCUUCUCUAAAAAAAAAUGUCCGGAUUAAGGCUUUAAACUUCAGUCAGCUUGUUUCAAAAAAAUGGUUGGGCUUGGGUCUUUUUUUUUUUUUUUUUGAGGAAGUUGUGUUUUUAAACACUGUGUCUAUGAGACAAAAAUGGCUGUUUUUAACUUUGUAAGAAACAUUGUUUGGCAAGAAACGACAUUACAGUUAGACUGAAUUAUUCAUGGGACGAUCACUGUACGUAUAACGGGUCAAGUGAUUCUAAGUGCCAAUAACAUAGUCGAUUAUGUUGUUUUUAUUUCAAGCAGAUUCAAAGGCGUAAAUAUAUUUUCAAACAAGAUAUAACCCCUAAUAAAGUUCAUGCGUGUGUAUAUAGUAGGGAUUAUUUUUUAACAGUCAGAGAGCCCUAUACGUAACAAGCAGUAUAUCCUCAACCUCCUGAAACUUUAGCACUUGAUGUGGUUGUGUACAGUAAAUCACUGUCAAAACCUAGUUGUUUGUAAUCUGUGGUGUGAUUCCGUGAGAUAGUGUGUUUUUGGGAAUACAAUCUGUGUGCAUGAAUGGGCAUGAGGGUGUCUGCAGUUGGUGUGUGUGUAUGUACGUACGAGUGGGUGUGCUUGUUGCCCCUUGUGUCUUACAGUAAUUGACUUAGUAAGGGUUUGAAGUUGCUGGAUGGUACUUGUAUUCUCAGGAAUGUGGAAGGUUAUUUGCUUCUGCCUCAGUCUGGAACUAGACCAGGAAGGAUUAAACAGUGAUGCUGCAGAAACCAGAGGAAGACAUGACGUAAAGGGUGUGCUGAUCAAAUCAAAUUUGACCCAGAUUUCUUAAAGCCUUCUCAAAACUGUAUGUGGGGGAAAAGUCUCUAAGUGGAGUUCAGACAUUCUGAGAAGUUUGUUUUGAUAUGACGGAGUAGAAAUCUAGAGAAUCACCAAGAUUUAAAGCGCUCAUACUACCAGCAUUUUUACUGCCUCACAAUCUUUGCAGCAUCAAUGUUUUUCCUUCUGUCUAUUCCUAGGCCUCAGAAACUCUCAUGCAGUUCAAUUUCCCUCAUCUCUCAGUUCUCUAACAGCAGUUUAAACCAGGGCUGUACCCAGGGCCAUUUGAGACCAAGAUGGAAAUGGGCACAGCCCCUCGUCUACAGUAGAAAGCCAUAUCAAACAGAGAAGCCUUGGAUUGAAGAAAGUAUAUUGUUUGGCAAAGGAGCUUUUAGAAUGUGUUGUUUCGUCUCAGAGUAUAGUUAACACUGUGUGCUUGGGUGUGUGUGUGCGAUUUUAGCGUCUCCUACUUCUUAGAUCACUUGGGGGUCAAUACUGUUUUCCCCUGGCGAUAGCCAAUCAGUUCUUGCGUUGCAGUAUAAAGAAAUAAUUGUAAUAUUCAAGAAACUUCCUCUCCAGUUGGGCUUGAUAUUCUGCAAGCCUGCGUGUGGGACAGCUCAACUUGAAUACAUAUUUGUGUGUGUGUGUGAAAGACAGUUUGUAUGCAUGUUAACCGUCACUGUAACCCAGUAUAUUUUCUUAUGGAAACAGAUGUAUGACUGGAAAAGAAUCUAUGUUAGGCAAUGCAGAGCAUUGGUUUAAAGAAUAUGGGCAGUUUUUGUUGGCAGACUGCACAACUAACACUUAUCACAUCAACAACACAUCAGACCAGCCCCAAUAGUAACCCUCUCUGAAAGUUCUUCGUUUGGCUGGCAGUAUGUGAGACUGAGCAGAGACGAACUGUCUUUGUGACUUUGUCCAUUCCAUUAGGAAUCCAAGUUGUACUUUACAUAGAGGGGUGUACUAUUUGGGCCAGGUCUACAUCCAUCACAUUACAAAAGUAGACCUUCCAUAGAUUAGUGUGUGUUUACGGCAUCACUCUGAAGGGUAAUUAUGACAUGUUAUAGUUUGAGUCCCUGAUACCCAGCCCAAAGAAUGUAAAGGUGUUUUAAAGAGACUAAUGGAUGUUGUAACUUGACUCUGGAGAAUCUUUGACAGGCUUUGUGAUGAAGGAAAAAAAGGGGUGUAAAAGAAAAUCAUGUUCCUCUCUUUAAGAACCCACCUAUAGAAUCUGGAUUACAAUCUUGUUUGCAGGCUUGGCAUUGUAAAAGAACCUCUGAAUGUUUCAUCAUGACAGACUUUCUCAUUGCAAUUUUGCAACAGUUUUCUGAAAACAAAGUUGGAAAAGUUAAAAAAGCAGUUUAAGGGUGCAGUGCAGGAUAUCUAAAAUUGGUCUCCAUAGACGAGAGAGCGGGGCCCCCUACUCCUUUCAUUGAGAUACACAGAUCACCCUUCCACUACACAGUUUGGUUCUAAAAAGUUCUAGUUCUAGUAUAAUACUGUACACAUACACAAAGCUAAAAACACCAGUAUUCAUUGUAAAAUGGUGCUAUGCUUACCUGUACUGUAUGUAUGUAUAUCCCUUCUGCUCUUGAACUGUGCUCCUUUAUCUACCCCAAAGUCAAAUGUAAUAAUAAUCAAUAUUUUGAAGCAAAAUGGUUGCUAUUAUUAUAACCCCCCUUUACCCUCUUGGUCAAUUUGAAAAUAAAACAGUUGCAAAUAUUAUAUAUGUGACACACGUCUGCUGUAAUUUUGUUUUUAUGUGUUGUUGACAGCUGUUAAAGUACUGUGGCUCUGAAGAUAAUCUGUUUUAAUUCACCCCUGAUUUAGAGAGAGGGGCACCGGGACUGAGCCCUGUGGUACACCACACAGUGAAGCAGAUAGGUCGAGCACAAAUUCACCAGCCAAGGCCACUGAACUCCUGUAAGUAAGGUGUGAAGAGAACUAGUCUGGAGCUUGGGCCUACAGUGUUGAAACUAGAUCUAGUAUCACAGGACAUCAAAAUAUCACUAUUUUGUGAUUUGAGUGAUAUUUCCUGAAUCCUGACCUGGCUAAUGGUGUGAAUUCAAAACUUGCCCUGUAUGAGUGAUGUCAUGACCCCACAUUGGAUUGGCGUCAUGUUGGUUUGGUAACAUGGCAGUGGGGGGAUGUAAAAUCCUGAUGUGGUAUGUUAUCAUAACUUGACACCAAACCCUGACAUUGGUGUGGCACCAUAACCUGUCAUUUGUUUACAUCAUGAACCGAUGUAUUGACACCAAGACCUUAUAACAUAGGUUUGUCAGGGUAAUGUUGCAACAUGUCAUUGCUUUGAGUUGACAUCAGAAACCUGUCAUUGGCGGGAUGUCAGAAGCUGUGACUGGGCUAAUGUCGUUACGAUAUUGUCAAAGCCUGACGACGGUGUUUCAUCACCACCUGGUAUUAUGUUGACAUGUGAUUCUGGUGCAACUGUAUAAGCUGAUUUAUAGGUUACAUUAUAUAAAGUCAAAAUCUGAACUUUGGAUAUUGUCAUAACUCAUGAUUUUUGAGUGAUGAGAUGACCUGAAGCUGGUUUGAUGUCAUAGCCCAACCUUUAUUUGGUGUUCAAACCUGAUGUUGGUAUAGUGUCAUGGCCAAAUGUAGGCUUGGCUCCUAAACCUGAUGUUGGAAUGAUGUGACAACCUGACAUUUUUGGCUGCGUCAUUACCUGUAGGUGUGAUAUAAAGGCUUGUCAUCUGGGUGAUGUUAUAACCUUGCAUGUAUUUGGCAUAACAACCUGAUGUUGGGAUGACUUCAGAACCUGAUAUUAUAGUGGCAUAGUAACUGACAUUGAGGUGAUAUUAAAACCUGAGUUUACAGUGACUGCAAGCUACAACCUUCUACAGGGAGCCCCCCACUGGAAUUCAAACCCAGAACCAGCUGGCAAUGAUACAGGGCUACAUGUAAGUGAACAGUGUCACAGUAUAUGCACACUUUGUAGUUCUUACCAAUGAUAUAAACUGUAUUUUUCUAUUUCUAGUAUUUGCAUUGAUAUUGGUUUCUUCUCAGGUGUCUAUCUAUCUUUUGCCUUUCAAUCUUGGUCUUUUCAUUUCCCCUUUCAUUCUGUUUUUCUCAGCAGGUCACAGCAGAUGGCUCUCUACCUAUGAGUCCAGCUCUUUUUCGAGUGGAUUUUUCUCCUGCCAGUGCUACCAUGUGCCUGCUCAUGGUGAAUUAAGUUGGAUCUGCAACUGACCUGCUUUUUAAAUUAUGUAUUAAAAGGUAAACUUUGCUGUGAUUUGGCUCUAUAUUCAUAAAAUGAUUGAUUGAUUGAUAAGGUGUGUUAAACAAAAGUAAAAAAAAUGACCAUAACCCAACUCUAUCUUCCAUCACAGGUACAUUCUUUAUUAUUACAAUUCAACCAUAUGUAUCAAAACUGUGUGACCCUUAAAACCAGCAUACUGAGGCGUUCUCUUGGUUGCCCUCUACACGUUAAUUGUGUCACAAACAAAUUUGUACAGUCAUAUGAAAAAAAAUCUAAAGGCACAUCUCUAUUAUAUUUACAUUGCAUACAUUGUUUGACAUAAAUCAAGUGGAAAAAGCACAGAAGUAGUUUCUAAACGCUUCACAAAAGAGACUACAGCUAACCUUAAAAUUUCUGUAGCAUUACACCAAUCUCUGUGAGUCACAGUAUUUAAAAGCUACUAAAUACAGUCGGGAAAUCAGAAUCUCCACAACUUAUAGCUUUAGUUUCCGUUACGAGUUACAGCUUGCUUACCAUCUUUCAGCGGUUCGUUUGAUAUACCAUACCUAAAAACAGACUCCAGGCAUCUUACAAGAAAGUUUGUUUUUAAGGCCCUAAAAAUGGUUUUAGGAUAGUCUAAAGAAAAACAAUCAGCAUGUGUUAAUUGUGUUAGUUAAAUAAGAUUUAAAAAGUAACAGUUGGACAUGCUGGGAAUGUAACUUUUUGUGAUACACCCUCAAUUACUAUAAAUGAGAAACCACAAUCGAUUCAUUUGGCCUUCACAAUAAAACUGUUUUUUCAAUGGACCCUAAUAGUUCUGGAUUUUUUGACUGCAUUUUGCUUUACAAAUGCCGAGUGUAAAACUUUUUUUGCAUGUUUUGAAAACGGAACAAAUGAAUCCUGCUUAUUCAACAUCACGUACAGGGCCAGCUGUCGUUUGACUCUCGAGAGACUAUUUUGCAGCAGUCAGGGAAAUAAGUUCUGUUUAAAGAAGUUACUGGGUGAUCAGUGUUUGAAAGAUCAUCUGAGACAAGCUAGCUUUUUCCCAUGUUUCCAGAUUUUAAUGAACCAAAAAAGCGGUCGGCUUCAUCCUCUGUACCUAAUGCAGAGACUGUACAGGUGGUCUCAAAUGAAUUUAGAAAGGAAAACAGUUUUUCAGAAAGUAAAACAAAAUAAAUACCUCCAUCAGAAAAAAAAAUCUGACAGAAAAAAGUCCAAAAACAAAAAUAAAAAUAACCAAAAAUUAAUUAACAGUCUAUCAUUACAAUUCCAACUCACAAAACCCCUCGACCCUCGGUCAGGGAUUUUGGCGUAGUGACACUCUGUUUUUCCCCCCAAAGCAUUUAAAGAGGCGGAGUGUGAGCCUGUCUUCCUCCUGCUACUGAUGAGUGCAGAUAUAUCUGAUGGCUGGUUAGUGCUGGAGUCUGCUGUAUAAGACAUGCACCUAAAAUACCUACCCCAGAAAUCAAUACUUGGGGAGAUUAGAGAGAGGCCAGUACUGAAGCCCAGACAACAGUCCUUUAUAUACAGUAUUUAUGUGCGUGUGUGCAUGUGUGUAUAUAUAGUUGUGUGUAUGGGAGAGAUGCACAUAGGCCAAUAUCUGUUAAUAAGAGUGAAGAUGUUGUUACUGGUUGAUGUAGAGUAGUUUGGCUCUUGUACUUUGAAAUAUGAAAAUGACCAGGGAGGUAGGGGAAGUUGUGUGAUUCACAGAAGUGUAUGUUGUCAGUGUGUGUGUGUGUGUGUGUGUGUGUGUGUGUGUGUGUGUGUGUGUGUGUGUGUGUGUGUGUGUGAACACAGAUCAAACAUAAUCUUGGAAGACAUCAGUACUAUUUUGCAGUAAAGGCUGGUUUGGUGCUGUCGUGCUGCAGACUGAGCUCAGCCUUCGUGAUGGCGCCCUCUGCUGCUCUGGGUGGCCUGUGUUGUUGCUCAGGGUCAGGUACACCUGAGGAAUAAUAAAAGGUGUAAAUUAAAAAGGAUUUAAUAGUGUUACUUUUUCCAAUUCUGAGACAUAACCCUCAUUGUCAUAAGUUAUGGCUUUGCCCUCAAACCUGACGAACACGGCUCCUGAGC